AUGCUACCUCCACAACAAAGUUCUGUAGAGGCGCAAGCUAAUCUGUUUGAAAAUGAACAAAAUUAACAAUUAUAAUAAAGUUUAGAAUUAAAGAUGAAUAUUAUUCUAAUGGCUACAGAGAUUGAGAGAUUACAUAAAAUUUUAAUAUCCAAGAAGGAUUAUUUCGAAAAAAAAAUAUAAGAUUUAAUUGAUAGAGGUAUUAUAUCAAAAAUAAUUGUUAGAGCUCUAAGACAAGGAAUAAAUUGCAAAAUAAGCAUAAGCCAUUACUGAAUUAAAUAAACAAAUUCAAUAGAAGAAUGACCUCAUUUCUUAAAUUUUGCAAGAAAAGUAACCUUAAAUAUCAUUAUUUAGGUCUCAAUAAGAAAUGAAUCUAUUAAUAAGUUAACAAUUAUUUGUAAUCAAUACAUAAUAUAAAAAUGCUGAAAUUUAGAUAUAAUAAUUGUAAAAAGAAAAUUAACUUUUAAAACAAUAGUUUGAAGAUGCUCCAUCUUUGAGGUAAAAACUAUACGACUUGGAGUAAUGGUAUGCUAAAUUAAUACAUGAAAAAAACGAAGAAAUUAAUUUACUGAAAACUCAUUAACCUCAUAUAGUUUAACAUGCACCUCAAUUAAACAUCAUUAAUUAACUUUUAGAUUAAAAAGAAAGGGAAUUGCUCUAAUGGUAAUAUAGUUCAUAAUAAGUGAAUUUAUAUCGUGAAAACUAAAGAUUAACAUAAGAGCUUAAAUUUUUAAAUGAUAAAUUGAAUUUGCUAUUAUUCGACAAUGAACAUUUAAAUAAAAGAUUAGUAGACAUAUAAUCACAUCCCUCUAACCAAACUACAUAACCAUAGUAUGCAACACUCAGAGGAGACUCCUAAUGUACAGCUCCAAUAUUGCACGAUAUUUUGGCUACAAAAACACCUAGAAGAUAUAAAUAACAGUUCUAAUCAAUCCUUCCUACAGAUUUCACAAAUUCAUCAUUAUUAAGCUACAGAAUAAUAAAAAGGCCUCAGUCAGUUGGAUCAGGAAGCUCAAUUCACUUCUUAGGAUAGCCUCCCUAAAUAGCCCAUCCUUAGAACUAAUAUUCUCCAAGAUAUUCUAGAAAAUCCUUAUAAAAUCAUUAUACUUAAUUCAAUGAAUUAUUAAGAUAAACUUAGAUUAUUUAGAAUCAACCUAUUCUUACUAUUUAAAAUAUAGAAACCCAAAUUUAGUUAUUGAAUCAUAUGUUAUUAAUUAAAAGAUAAGAAUUACCAACACAAACUACUCCUCCAAGAAAAAUUUAUAGAAUUUUGAAAACUUAAGGAAAUGAGAGAACGUCAAGUCCAAACUACACACCUCCUCAAUAAAUUUUCAUGAAAUAACCAAUUAAUUUAUUAUAAUAAAAAAUUCAACCCUCUUAAUAACAAUUUAUUCCUUAAACAGCUAGAUUAUUCCCUCAAAAUUAGUUGCAAGUUCCUAACAAUAUUAUUAAAUACCGAUCAUUUUCAGCUGAAACUAAAAGAGAACUUUCUCCUAAUGCUGUCUAAUAUUAAUAGUAAAUAAUCCCACAAACUUCAAUAUUUUUCAAUAUGCCAUAACACGCUCAUCAAAUACAAUAUAAAUGCUCUCCAAUAUAAAGAAACAUUCCAUAAUAAAAUUUGCAAAACACAAUUCCUAAAUAGACAUAAAGAAGUGUUUCACCUUAGCCUGUUUAAUAUAUGCCAUAUUAAACAUAACCACAAGCACCAUAAACUAUUAGAUUUUAAGAUUUGAAAUAAUAUCAUUCAGUAAAUAUGCAACCCCUUUAACAAUAUUAAGAUCCAUAAUAACAUUUCAUUUAAUAAUAAUAAAAUCUUGUUAAUUGCAAUUUGAUUUCAUAAUCCUAACCAUACCUUCCCACUCAAUUUGGAGCAUAUCCACAAAACCCAAGCGAUUAAAAUAAAUCUCCCAUACAUGUUUUAGCUUAUCCAUAUGAUUACUCUCCAUAAGAUCCAGAAAAUCUAAAUAAGACCAGACAACUUUAAAAACCUAUAUCAUAAAAUCCUAAUGGAUUAUUCAUGACUCCAAACGCUGUCAGAAAGCCAGUAAUAUCUAAUAGCAAUUCUUCCUAACCAUUUUCAUAAGUGAGAGUCAAGAGAGAAGCACAAGAACCUUUGAGUGUACGAAAAUAAAAGGGACCUUCACAUUAGAGUAAUAAAUCUCUUCCCGCCUAAAUUUUAUAAUCCACACCUGUAGACAGUUCUUAAGUUGAACCCUUUGAAUUAUGCAAUGCACCAUAAGAACCAGACGAAUAAGAUAAAGAACCUUUAAAACCAGAAGAAAUCUAAAAAUCUCCUUAACUUUAAGAUCCAUCUGAAUAAACUAAACCUAAAGCUGAUUCUUAGGAAUAACCUAUUGAAUAACCUAAAUAGGAAGAAUAAUUUUAAUAACCUUAAAAUCCUAGUGAUUAAGAUAAAAAAAACCCUCAAAAUCCAGAAAAUUUAUAUAAGAAGCCCCAAAAUCCUUAUAUCCUGUUAAAUAAACCAUAAGAUCCAAAUAAUUUGAUGAGUAAACCAAAUUAGAACUCUUAAUUGUCCAGUGGAUAACCUAUUCCUUAAAUUUCAGAUAAUCAAAAGGAUGAUACUUCACAACCUGAAAAUCAAAAACAAAGUUAGCCAGCUAGUGUUAGAAAGGGCUUAGACAAUAAAAAAGACCCUCUCCUUCAAAAUCCUGAUGAGUUAAGAAAAUAUAAAUAAGAAUUGGACAGAUUAAAUGAUUUAUUAAGUUAAGCUAAAUUGGAAAAUGAAAAACUUAAGGAAGCUUAUUAACAAAAUGAUUUGAAUUGGUAAAAAUAAUUCUAAUAGAAAUAUACAGCUGCAUUAUAGCAGUUGUAAUCAUUUGAAAAUAAGUUGGCCAUUCAAAAUAGAGAGUAUAAUUAAAAUAUUGAAAAAUAAAAAUCUAAUUUGAAUUCACUACAAUCAAAGUUUGAUGAAUAAAAGAUACUUAUUGAGAAGUAAAAGAAUGAAAUAAAUUAAUUGAAGCAAAAUUAAGAUGACAAAAGUAAGAAGGCUGUUUAAAAUGAAGUUUAAAAGGACGAUCUGCAGAAACAAUUAACAGAUCUUUAAAAGUAAAUUGCUGACUUAUAAACCAAACUAAAAAUCUAAAAUGAUGCUUAAAAGUAAAAUCUAAACAAAAUAGCUUAGUAAGAUGAAAAUAUAUCUAAUUAAGAAAAACAAUUAAAACAAUAAACUUAAAAAUAUUCAGAAUUAAAUGCAGAUUAUAUUCAGCUUAAAUAAAAAUAUGAUUAAGUAUAAAAAGAAUCGACUUCUUCUAAAUUAGCUCAAUCAAAGGAAAUAAAUUUAUAUUAAUAAUAAAUUACUUAACUCUAAUAGUAAAUUAAUGAAACUACAAAAUAACUAAAAGAUAAAGUGAAUUCACUUUAAUCUCAAUUAUUGUUAGAACAAGAACAGCAUUUAGUCCUUAAGAAAUAGUAUGAAAACCUUUAAAGAGAUUUCAGCAUACAAAAAACUUAAAACAUUGAAAUUUUGAAUUAAAAUAAUACUUUAAGAUUAUAAUCAACUGAAAAAGAAUAGCAAUUAAAAGAACUUUAGAUAAAUUUUAAUUCUAAGACUUAAAUAAUACAAUAAUUAGAAACUUAAGUUAAAGAUCUAUAAGCAUAAAAUAUAUCUACAUCAUAAUAAGCUUAAUCCUUAAAUCAAAUUUAGGUUGAGAAUUUGAAAAAAUAAUUACAGUAAGAACAGUAAAGGACAAAUGAAUUAAACGAAUAGAUUUCUUAGUUUCAACAAUAGAUUUUUACGUUAGACCAAUAAUUAUAAACUCAAAAAUUAACUAAUAUUAAGAUAACAAAAGAAAUUUAAAAUAAUAAAACAGUAAUCUAAAAAGGUUCUUAGUAAUAAAAUCAAUAAUUGAGUAAUGAAAAUUUCGAUUUAUAAUAAAAAAUUACGUAAUUAGAGUAAUAAUUAUAAAGAGAAAGGGAAAAUAAUAAUAAUUAAAGUUAAUAAUAAAUUAAAGAUAUGUAAAAUAAAUAUUAGAUUAUCAUAACCAAAUCUUAAUAAGAAAAUGAAGAAUAAGCAAAGAAUCUAAAAUCUUAAAUCGAACAACUCAAAUUACAAAGCCAAAAUCUCUCAAAUUAGAUUGUGGAUAUGAGAUCUAAUUAUGAAAUGUAAAUCACAAAAACCACUUCAAUGACAUAAUCAAAAGUUAAUAAUUUAGAAAAACAAUUAUUAAUUGAAAAAGAGCAAAAGGAGAAUUCAUCUACUAGAAUUAUAUAACUUGAAAAAUAACUAGCUGAUUUGUAAAGCAAUAUUAAAUAAGAUUAAACAGAUGAAUUGAAGAGCAAAAUAAAUUCACUCGAAAAUUAAUUUUUGAAAUUAUAAAAAGAAAGAGAUAUUAUAUUAUCUAGUAAAUAAAGAGGGGAGGAAGAAAUUAAAAUACUCAAUACUAGAAUCGGUGAAUUAUCUAAUAAAAACAAUCAAAAUGAAAUAGAAUUGGCAAGUCUUAGAUCUAAAUAAAAUAAUUAGAUUUCAUCAGCCUAAAAUUUGAGUACAUUAAAUUAAUAAAUUUUGGUUUUGUAACAAGAAAAGCAGUCUUAAACCAAAGAUAUGAUGCUGUUGAGAUAGCAAAUUGAAAAGAGUAAUUAAGACCAUGAAUACUAGUUAACUAAAAUAAAGAGCGAUUACAAUAAAGAUCUGGAGGCUAUUAAUAGAAAAUAAAAUGAUGAAAUUCUUAAUCUAUAAAAUCGAAUAUAAUUUGAAAAAAAAGAAAGAGAAGUUGAUUAAAAAAGGAAAGCUCAAGCCGAUGAAUUGAUUUCUUAACUUAACUAAGAAAAAUAAUUGUUUCAAGACUAGUUAAAAAAAGAAAGAAUUUAAAUAGAGUAACUAUAGUUAGAAAUCAAUUAAUUACAUAUGAACUAAAAAAACAAUAAGGACGAACAAAAUUUAUUUUUAUAAUAGUAAAUCAUAAGCUCUAAUAAUUAGAUGGACAGCUUAAAACUUACUAUUUAAAAAUUAAAUAAAGAAAUUGAAGGACUAAAUUAAUAGGUUUAGCAAAUGAAUAUUUAAAGAAAUGAAUUAGAAAGUGAAAAUUUCAAUUUAAAAUAAUAGAUUUCAUAAGCAAAAAAUCAAGUUAUUCUCUUUGAAAGGGAAAAUAAUGUUAUCGAAUUAAGAUCAGUUGCUUAUAACUCUGAAGAUUAAAUUUAAGAUUUGACUUUAAAGUUAGAAAAGUAAAUUAAAGAAACUGAAAAAUACUAAAAAGAUGCUUUCAAUAAUGAUUAAUUAGCUUAGUCCCUCCAAAAAAGAUUGUCUGAUAUAAAUUUGCAAAAUUAAAAGAUUAAGCAAUAGUAUGAAAUAUAAAUAUAGGAACUUAUCAAGUAAAUUAAUGAAAAGGAAAGGCUAUUAUAAUAAACACCAAAAAAAGUUUAAGAAUUGCCAUAGCUAUAAAAUACUCAUUUAAUUUAAGAAAACGAAGAAUUGUUAAUGAAGAUUGGUUAAUAAGAAUAAAUGAUAAAGAAUUUAUAAGAAGAAUAUUAUAAAUAAUAAGGUGAAUUUCAAAAAAUUACUAAAGAAUAUAAUACUGUAAUAAACCAGUCAGAUAAUACAGUGGUUACGAUCACUUAAUACUAAUAGUAAUCAGAUAAUAUUAAAAGAAAAGAUGAUCUAAUAAAAUAGUUGUAGUAAUAAAUCUAUGAUUUACAAAAGAAAAUAGACUUUGAUAGGAAUAGGUACUAGGAUGAAAAUAAUAGAUUAACGAUUAAAAAUUAAGAAUUAUCAAACUAAUUGUAAAAUAAUCAUAAUAAAUAAAUAAUUGAAGAAAAUUUCAUCUUGAAAAAUCAGAUACAAUAAUUACAAUAAGAGUUAAAUAAUACACCAAUUAAAGAAACUAUCAUUUAUUAAUCUACCUCUCCAUAAAAAAAAAGUGAAGAUGAUAUUGCUAAAUAAAAAUAAUAAAUAAACUCGUUAUAACUAAGAAUGAAUUAAAUGACAAGUGAUUAUAAUUUAUUUGAGUAGUAAGCAGAACAGGAAAAACUUUAAUUAGAAAAAUAAAUAAAGUAAUUAUAAGAAAACUAGUAAAAAAUAUAAAACGAAAAUAACUUACUACAAAGACAGAUUGAAACCUUAUAGAGAUAAUUAUAAUAAAUACAAAAGAAUCGUUCGAACGAAAUAAACCAAGAGUUAGAAUUUGAAAAUAAAAAACUAAAAUCAUAACUUGAGAUUAGUUAAUUGUCAUAAAAGUAACUUUAGGAAGAAUUAAUAACAGUUAAAUCUUAAGUUAUUUAGUGUAAAGAAAAUUUAGAAGACGAAUAAAAUCAGAAAAAAUAAUUGAAUCUUUAAAUUAUUCAAUUAGAAUAAAGAGUGUCCGAACUUAAAAAGCAAAACACUCCAUAAAUUUCCAUGAGAAGUGAAACUACAAUUACAAGAGAGUUAAAAUAAGACUCAUUAUUAGAGUAGAAAGUUAAUUUAUUGAAUAUAGAAAAUGGUUCACUAAAAAAAUAAUUAGAAAAUGUAGAAGCAGAAUAUAUAUAGAAAUUAAAAUUGUAGUAAGCAUAAAUUAAAGAUUUAAACAAUAAAGUAAAGGAACUAAUGGAAGAAUGUAGCAAUAAAAGCAAUAUGUUAGAAGAAACAACAUAAAUUAGUAUAUCAAAUGAUUAAUCAAGUGAAAUUAGAAAAUUAAAGGAUGAAAAAUUAUACUUACAGCAAGAAAUGCAAAAAUAAUAAUAAUAAUUUAAAAAAUAAAUAGAAAAAAUAUAAGAUGACUAUGAAUUUAGAAUAGAAUAAUUGAAAGUCAAAAUAAGUGAAUUAAAAGAAUCUAAAUAGGUUGAAAUUAAUGAUGACAAAAGGCUUUUAAAAGAAAAUUAAAUGUUAGCUGACUAAAUUAAACAUUUGUAAAAUGAACUUGUGAUGGCGAGGUCUUAAAUUUAAGAUACUUAAGUAGUGAAUAUAUAAAAUGCAAACGAUACUAAUAAAGUGUAACAAUUAUAAAGAAAAAAUGAUGAAUUGACAUAUUAAUUGGAGAGAUUUAAAUAAAGUUAAGCAAAUAAUGAAGAAAGUCAAAUAAAAGAUAAAUAAUUACUAAAUAAUUAAAUAAGAUAACUUUAAAAUGAGCUUUCAAUCAUUUAGAAAAACGAAUCAAAUAUGUUAAAGGAGAAGUAAAUACUAAAUGAUUAAAUAAAAUAACUGCAAAAUGAGCUUUUGAUCAUUAAAAACAAUGAACAAAGUCUAUUAAAGGACAAAUAAUUAUUAAUUGAUCAAACACGAUAACUUUAAAAUGAGGUUGCUGUUAGUAAAAGCUAAAUUUAAGAGUAUCAAAUAUCAAUAACAUAAUAUACAAAUAAUACUAAUAAAGUGGAAUUACUGUAAAAGAAAAAUGAUGAAUUAACAUAUUAAUUGGAAAGAUUUAAAUAAAGUUAAACUAAUAAUGAACAAAGUUUAUUAAAAGACAAAUAAUUACUCAGUGAUCAAUUAAGAUAACUGUAAAAUGAGCUUUUGAUCAUUAAAAACAACGAACAAAGUCUAUUGAAGGACAAAUAAUUAUUAAUUGAUCAAACACGAUAACUUUAAAAUGAGGUUGCUGUUAGUAAAAACUAAAUUUAAGAGUAUAAAAUAUCAAUAACAUAGUAUACAAAUAAUACUAAUAAAGUGGAAUUACUGUAAAAGAAAAAUGAUGAAUUAACAUAUUAAUUGGAAAGAUUUAAAUAAAGUUAAACUAAUAAUGAACAAAGUUUAUUAAAAGACAAAUAAUUACUCAGUGAUCAAUUAAGAUAACUGUAAAAUGAGCUUUCGAUUAUUAAAAACAACGAAUAAAGUUUAUUAAAAGACAAAUAAUUAUUAAUUGAUCAAACACGAUAACUUUAAAAUGAGGUUGCUGUUAGUAAAAACUAAAUUUAAGAGUAUCAAAUAUCAAUAACAUAAUAUACAAAUAAUACUAAUAAAGUGGAAUUACUGUAAAAGAAAAAUGAUGAAUUAACAUAUUAAUUGGAAAGAUUUAAAUAAAGUUAAACUAAUAAUGAACAAAGUUUAUUAAAAGACAAGUAAUUACUCAGUGAUCAAUUAAGAUAACUGUAAAAUGAGCUUUCGAUCAUUAAAAACAAUGAACAAAAUCUAUUAAAGGACAAGUAAUUAUUAAUUGAUCAAUUACAAUAAUAAUAAAAUGAGCUUUUAAUCAUUAAAAGCAAUGAAAAAAGUUUAUUAAAAGACAAAUAAAUACUAAAUGAUUAAUUAAGAUAACUAAAAAAUGAAUUAUCUCUUUGUAAAAACAAUGAAUCAUGUUUAUUAAUGGAUAAAUAAUUCCUUAAUGAUCAAAUAAUGCAGCUAUAAAAGGAUAUUUCUUUUUCAAAAUCUCAAAUUUAAGAGUUUUAAUUAUCAACUCCUUAAGAUUUAAUAGCAAUUUCUAAGUUUUAAUCAUUAUCUUAGUAAAAUACUGAAUUAAAAUAAUAAAUAGAUUAACAAAAUCUCUUUAUUACUUAAUACAACCAAUAAUUAAAGCUUGCCUAAACGAAUUCUGAUAAAAAAGAAGAAGAGUUAAAUAAUCUAAAAUUAAAUUUAUAAAGUGUUCAUGGUUAAUUAAUUUAAUUAUAAAAAGAGAGUAAAGUGAAUCUGAAAAAUGACAGUGAAUACUUUUCUUAACUUUAGGAUUAAAUUUCUUAAAACUCUUUAUUAUCUAAAUAAUUUAAAGAAGAAAAUGGGUUUUUAAAAAGAUCCAUUUUUGAUAAAGAAAAAGAAAUAUAAAGUUUAAAUACAAUAGUAAAUAAUCUAGAGGGUUAAAUUUUUGAUAUUAAUUAAUAAAACUUGAAAUUAGUUUAAUAAUUAAAAGAUUAAGAAUUACUUUACUGCAAAUUAUAAGAAAGUAAAGAUUCUUACUCUCUAGAUUCAUCUAAAGACUUAUAAAAAUAAUUAAGCAUUAAAUAAUAGGAAAUAUAACAUAUCGAUGCUGAAAAUAAAAAAUUACAUAAUAAGCUUUUAUAUAGCUAGGAUUUUAUUAAAAAAUAACAAUAAGACUUAAUAAAUUAUGAAGGUGAUAAACAAAAGUUAUAUUCAUAAUAUCUAUAAGAAACCUCUGCUCUGUAGAACUAAAUAAAAUAACUCUAGUAGGAAAUCUUAAAUCAACAAGAAAUGAAGAGAUAAUUAGAAUUAAUUCCAUAAAAAAUUGAAAUUAAUAACCCAAAUUCAACUAUUGAAUCUCCAAAAGCAAAGAAUAUGAGUAAAAGCCUGAAUAAAUCAAGUGCAUCCUGUCACUCAACCGAUGAUUUAAGAGGAAAUUAUUAUAAUUGUUCGCUUUAUGCCACAAAUAACAAUAGAAUAAGUUAUUACUCAUCUUUAAGAGCUGUAAAAUCAAAGGGAGAUUUAUUGAUUUCUCAUGAAAAAAGCCUAUCAACUUCAGAAGAAGAAUUGAAGAAAUAAAUAAUUCUUUGGUAGUAAAAAUAUGAAGAAUUACUAACAGAAAGAUAUUCAAAACAAAAUUUGAUUACCCCUAAAAAGGAAAGAUUAACCUAGGAAUUCACUGUGUCGGAUGAAUCUAUAAAUUGGAAAUUAAAAUAUGAUGAAUUAUAAAGAUAGAUUUAAUUAUAAAAUUAAAAUAGUAAAGAUAAAGUUAUUGAAUAGUUAAGAUCAAAAAAUGAAUUACUAUAUUCUGAGCUGCAUUAAAUUGAAAUUGAAUAUGAAUAACUAAGAAGGUAAGUCAAUAUUAGCCAAAAGCAAACUGCAAACGAUAUGAAUUAAAAUAGUUUGAAUUAAUAAAGAACUAUUGAUUAAUAGAUUCAAAAGAUUGAUAAUUAACAAAAUGAAAUUGAAUAACUCAAAUAUAAUUUGAAAUAAGUAAUUGAGAGCAAGAAUAACUUAGAAAAGAAGUCUAAUAAUAAAUAAAAUGAGUAUAUUUAAUAAUUAGAGGCAUAAAAUUUUGAUUGUUUAUAAGAAAUAUAGUCCUUGUAAAUAGAAAUUAAGAGAUUAUAGGAAAAUAAUAAUUUAAUAAAGUAAUAAAUAAAUGAUUAAGUUAUUAAUUUAUAAUCUGGACAAGAUUAAAAUGAAAUGAAUAUAGAAGAAUAUUUACAAUAAAUUGAAGCUUUAAAAAGGGAAAUAAAUAAUUAAUAAACUUAAAUAUUCUAAAUAUCAAAUUAAUUAAAGUAAUCUAAAAUUAAAGAAUAGGAAUUAGAAUAAAAAUUUAAGUAUGCAAUUGAGGAUUUAGAACAUGUUUAGAAAAUGUAUAACGAGCAAAGAUAAUCUUGUUAGGAAUAAUAGCGAUAACUAUAGAACUACCAAUAAUAACUAUAGCAAAAAUAACAAAAACAAAUACAAUCAGAACAACAAUAAUAAUAAUUAUAAGAAUAGCAAUAGUAUUCAUAAAGGUCUUACUAAUAAGAAUCGUCCAAAAUUGUUGAAACUUACUCAGAAUAGCAAACAAAUAAUCAAUAUGAUGAUUAAUAUAGAAAGAUCUUAUAUGAACUUAGUUUGAUAAAAUAAUAAAACUAGUCUUUGUAAACUUAAUUGUAAGAAUCAACUCAAAAGUAAAUUUCAUUGAUGCAAGAAAUAAAACAAUUAUAAAUUCAGAAUGAAAGAUUAAAUUUAAGUAAUGUAAGAUUACAUAAUGAAUAAUAAAAAGUUACAACACAAAGUGAUUAAGUAAAUAAAAUAAAUGAUUAAUUCAAAGAAUUAUAAUUUGAAAACUAAAAAUUGAGAAGCGAGAUUUACUAUAUGUAAUAGGAGAAGUAAUAAAUUAUCAAUUCUUUCGAAUCUAAAUUACAAUAAUAUUCAGCGAGCGCAAAUAACAAAAUUAGGUAACAAUAAAUAGAUGAUCUAAAACGAGAGUUGGCUCUAUUAAAAAGAGCAACGUUAAAAUCAUCUGGAAUUGAUAUAGAUGCUGAAAGAUUGAGUUACUCAACUUAAAUAACCUAAUUGAAGAAACAACUUGAAUAUGAACAGAUAAAGAAUAAAGAAUUGCAAUUAAAGCUGUAGAAUUCUUCAUAAUAUUAAGUAUGAUAUUUAAAUUAUUUUAGUCUGAUUUUGGACUUGUAGAGAGAUUGAACAAAGAAUUGUAAGAUAAAAUUGUUGAAUUACACUAAGUUAAAUCAGAAUAUAGGAAUGCGAUAAAAAUGAUUCAUUCCUUAGAAGAAUAAGUAAUAGAAAGAUUGGAAAAAGAAUAAUACUCUUGA